CUGUUGUUUGGUGUGAGAUUAAUUUGGGCAGUGUAGGAGCUUGUAAACGCGUCUCAUGCGUGUGAGUUGGCAACUCUCUGCUUUAAUCCCAAUACUUCUGUGAUCAUUGGACUCAGAAAUAAGGAUAGUGUGUGGUUGAAAAGACUGUUUGUGACGUCGUUAGAUACCUUAUGAUAACAAUGCUAUCUCUGCUUCUGCGGCAGCACCAGCACAUAUUGAAGCGUUAUGAUUUUAGUCCGAGGUGAUUUAAAACACGGUACCAUGUGAAUGAUUAAGGAUCAUGAAGCCUACACACAAACUACUGUUCGUCCUGUGUCCCAUGCUGGUCUUGGGGUUCAUCUACUACUCUUCUGGGAAGCUCCAUUUGCAUGUAUGGGGCCAGAAGCCACAUAUAAAGGUGGAGCCCACACUAAAACUCUCAAAAAAAGUCACUAUCCAUACUACAAUUCCUACUGUGAAACAAGAGCCGGUGGUGGAGGGUGCUGUCUCCGUGGGACGAAUAGUAGGCUCAGCAUUUGAUAAGCAAGGGUUCUUGGUGAAUCUGGACACAAAGCUGCCUCCGGAGCUGGUCUACAAGUAUGGAAACCUCAGCGAAGGAGCCUGCAAACCUGGCUAUGCAGCUGCCAAAAUGACUGCUAUCUACCCAAAGUUUAGUAAGCCAGCUUCCAUGUUUCUGGAUCGAAACUUCAAGCGGCUUGCAAAAGUUAACAACUAUUUACCUCCAUUUGGAUUCAAAACACAAGAAAGAAUCAUAGAUGCUAUUUUAACUGACACAAAGAAUUAUGGGCUGGGUCCAGAGUUGGAUAGUUUGAGUUGUAGAAGAUGUAUAAUAGUAGGUAACGGCGGUAUCCUCAGCAACAAGUCUUUGGGCUCGCGCAUCGACGAAUAUGACGUUGUGGUGAGGCUCAAUCAGGCACCAGUGAGUGGUUACACCAGAGAUGUAGGUACGAAGACCACCCUGAGGAUUACCUACCCUGAGGGGGCCAUCCAGAAGCCCGAGCGCUAUGAGAAAGACUCUCUCUUUGUCUUCUCUGCUUUUAAACCUCUCGACUUUAAAUGGCUGAGGCAGAUGGUCCUCGGAAAGAAGCUGCAAGGAACGGAGGGCUUUUGGAAGUCUGUAGCGCAGAACGUGCCCCGGAAACCCUCGGAGAUACGGAUCCUCAACCCUUACUUCAUACAAGAGGCUGCCUUCCAGUUUAUUGGCCUUCCACUAAACAAUGGCCUCAUGGGUAAAGGGAACAUUCCAACAUUGGGCACCGUCGCCAUAACAAUGGCCCUGCAUAAUUGUGAUGAGGUCGCCGUUGCCGGAUUUGGCUAUGACAUGAACACCCCUCAUGCACCCUUGCACUACUACGAAACCGUCAAAAUGUCUGCUAUAAAAGAGUCAUGGACGCACAACAUCUCAAAAGAAAAGGAGUUUCUCCACAAGCUGGUUAAGGCCAACAUCAUCACAGACUUGACAAAUGGGGUUUGAAGCUCCCAAGGGUGCCUUUCCCAGAGGACUAAUGAAGAGUCCUGGCAAACCCAAGAUGAGGACCAGUGAAGACUAAGAGGCAUAUUUCAGAGCGUUGGAGCGAUGCCUCCGUUAAGAUGCACAUGUGCCUUUAACCGACAGGCUUCCUCUGAGCGGGACAUCGAAAGGUUCUUGAAUGUCUCGGGAGACAAUCCUUGUUCUGAUCUGACCCCCUCACGAAUGGAAGAUAUUUGGAGGUGACAAACAAAACCAGUCUUUGAGGAACAAGUCUCAACAUUUACUGUUUGUGCCAAAUGUACCUCUCUAUAGGAGGAGACUGUCCUCUUCUCCUGCCUGAAUGUAUUAGCGUAAUGUAAAUAUCAAAGAUUUUUACAGUGCAUUUUAAUGAACUGCUAAGGCCCCUGGGGUUCUGCCUUCACAUGUUUUUCUGUCCUGGUCACUCAGCGCAUAUCCUGCCCCCUGUGUAUGGAGGGGCAGAGGCAGUUGUUUAAUUCAGCUCUUGUCCUGAGCACAGGAGGCUCUUUAUCUCCUGAAUGUGAGGUUAUGUUACUUCUUUUGUUUAGGAAAGAGGAUACAUCGCUAAGUUAUUUAUUUUGGUACACAGUUGAAGUCAUUUAUUUUUUCAAAGAGUUCACCGUUUCGGAAAAUCUCGCGUGGUGAAUAUAUAGACCAAGUUUAACAUAGAUGGGGACCGAGUACCUUCUCAGGCGGCCCUCAAAAUCACCUGACGUUAUGGUACACUGCCAUGCUGUAUCCUGCCUUUGUACUUUCAAGGCAGUAGACUGAGACAAUUAGAAAAUUAUGAGAAAUAUUUUUACCUCUGUUUCACGUUUUUCUUUUUUUAAUCAAAUGUCACGCCAUUUUCUGUAUAUUUUUGGAAGGUACAAGUCAUUUUAAUGUGUAAUUGUUUCAGUGCUUUAUAGUUUCGUACGCUAUGAGGUUUCAUAGAAAAGGCUGCAACACUGCCCUGAUUUAUAGGCCAUUCCACUAGCCAUCUCAACCUUUUUUUUUACUUUUCUUAGGUUGAACAUAUGCUACACAGAUAUGUUCAGCAGAUAUUUAGCUAUUCAGACUUCAAAACAUGAAGCAGUCAUCAUCCUGACUGAUGGAAAUCCAAGAUAAAUUUGUCCAUGUUCAAUGUUAUAUUUAUACUGUGCAGAAUACCACCAAUCAGCAUUAUUCUGAGGAUCAUUGAAAGUAGAUGGAAAAAAGUAUUCAUGUUUCUUUUUAUAAAUAUAUAUAUAUAUAUAAUAUAAAUAUAUCUUCAAGUUGUAAUAAAAGAAGUGU